GAGCAAGUUACGAUCCAAGCCAUGUCAAGGAUUUGCUGUCGUUCUUUUGGGUUUUGUGCCUUGUGUAUGCGACCGUGGUUAGGAUAGCACCAGUUCAAACCUUUUAAACUUUAGUUCGACUACCUUUGAACCUUUAUUUAUAUCCGCUGCGGUUAUACUAGAAAUAUUAGUAUAGUUCUGUCAGGUGUCGUGAUGGAGGCUGACGAGGAUCCGGACAUCAUUGAAGUUAUGCAACGAAAACCUGAGCAUCCGGUCGGUGACAUCGUUGUGUACGAAGUGCACGAUAGUGACUCCGAGUGUUCCGAUGGUGCUGAUGAAUCUUCAGUCCUUAUCGACGACUCAUCUGCUAUUGCCAAUGAUCCCUCUGUCCUGGAGAUUGUGGACUCCGAUGAAGAACCAGGGAACACACAGCUGUCAGGCAUUGUGACGUCCAUGAGACGCGUGAGUAUACCCUCAUCGGUUGCUGCAGAAGUAUCAGCUCAGGCACCUCAAGCAAGACGUGAAAUGAUGACACUGGUUAGCUGGAACGUUGAUGGACUGAACCAGAAAUAUCUGCAUCAGCGAAUCAGAGCUCUUUGUGAUCAAAUCUUGAGGUUGGAUCCGGAUGUGGUCUAUUUGCAAGAGGUCGUGCCUGAGAUCGAGCCUAAGAUCAGGGACAGUUUUGCGCGGUAUCGGUACAUACCUGGUGACUUACAAGGCUACUACGUUGUGACACUGCUGAAGGAGGACACCGUGAAGUGCAAGACUCACACCGUUUCUCCAUUCUCAUCCACCAAAAUGGAACGACACAUUGUGCAGGCUGAGGCAACCUUCAACAACAAGGAUCUCGUCCUCCUCAACACCCACCUUGAGAGCAUGGGCUACUCCAGCGAAGUCAGACAAGUGCAGCUUCGAAGGUGUUUUCGUCAGUGCAAAAAGGAACCGUUGGAAAAGACAGUAAUCUUGGGAGGCGACAUGAAUCUGAGGGACAGUGAAGUUCACUCGUGUGGGGGUUUACCGGAAGACAUCCAGGAUGUGUGGACAGCGUGUGGUUCAGACCCAGGCUUGUGCUACACGUGGGACAUGACAUGCAACGACAACUUAGACUUUGGUAAAAAGGUCACUGCCCGCCUACGCUUUGACCGCAUAUAUCUUCGACACUCGGAGCCAGCUCACUUAUUGCCAGUUUCGUUCGAACUUAUCGGACAGAAAAGACUGGAAACGGAACAGUGCUUCCCCAGUGACCACUGGGGUAUUGCCGUCCAGUUUAGGUGUUUGUGACCCGGACGUGCUCUUUUUUUGUAAAUACCUUAUCUACUGGACAGUCAGUGAGAAAAACGCUUUACCAGCACCAGGGUCCUUUUACUUUCACACAAGCCACUCAUGCAGUUGCCAGCACAAUUGUAUAGCACCAGGAACCAUGCAACAAAGUAUGGCACGAAGUGGCUGUGGCUGCUGUUUAACAAUGUAUGCUUACCUUUUAAAGCGAGCCAGUGCUCCACAGGGUUUCUUGCACACCACUGAUACACAAAAGCAGAAAGAAAAUAAUUCAGGCAGCUCAGUCCUGAAGGAGGCUGUCUUUGGCAUUUUACGUUGAGAACCAUUGUGGUUGUUACUGGUGGUGUAGUUAAUAAUUUAUCAAAGAAAACAUGCUGUAGUAGAAAGCCUUGUACCUCGCUGUAAAUGAUGAAGUCCAUCUUGACAAUUUCAUACUCUGUGGAAGUAGACAAGUGGCUCCACUUUCGUCACAUUCUACCCCAUGUACCUGGCCUAGGCAUGUGGGUGUGCAGUCAGUGCAUUAGACAUGUCCUUGAUGAAUAAUUGAUAUCCCGUAGUUUUACGAUGUUGCAAUAUUUUCGUUGUGAUGACUACGACGAAGAGUCUUAAACAGUGCUCUUGUGUGAAGUUCAGCAGCUGAUGUGCACAAAAAGAAAAGGGCAUACAUUGAAAGACAAGACAGUGUUUCACUAUACAGGCAAGGCAGACAAAAAAAUUAUAUAUUCUUGCAGAAAAGUCCUGUGAAUGUAUGGCAGAGCAUAAUUAAGCCAGUUACAUUGGCAAAAAUGGUGCCUAUCUGUGAAAGAUUGUUUAUAAAUGUAAAAGAAACCAAGAAACUGCCAUAAGCACAAGUGCGUGUUAACUGCCGCGGCAGGCAAACUUUGUAUCGUGUGAAGCAAGUCUAGCUUGACUGAUGCACUUCAGCACGGGAUCUUGUAUGAACGUUUUGAAUGUGUAUGUUACCUGUGCAAGCAAAUGAUCUUUUGUAGACAUUGCAACCCCCAGUAUGCGGAAGCGUUUGUCAUUGUCCUUUUGCUGUUGUAUCUUGUGGAAGAUGGCAGCAGUAAGCAUUUGUGGUCAAGCAUUGUACACAUAGUAUGUGUUAGGCUUUAUAUUUGUAAGCCAUUGCAUUGUGGGCUUUCGUCAUCCUUAUUUUUACCAGUGCAGUUCAAAGCUACAGUUCUUACAGGAUUCAGAUAUCCAAGUUCUUUGUACUUGUCUGUUUGUGUUAUUUUUUAAUACGUUAGUUAGCAUUAAGAGUGUUAGGAUGAAAAAAAUUGCCACAGAAAUUUUUGUUUCACGUUUCAUAGUUUCCUGUUGCUCUUGUUUUUUGCUCCUUCACUAUGUGUGAAGCCAUGUGUGUGCUUCACCAUGUGUGUGCAGAAGUUUUACCAUUUGAUAUUGAUUUUACGGUAUGCAGUGGUGACUGAAUAUUGUCACCAAAUAAUAACCGAGAAGAAAUUGGUUGGAGUUCUUGUUUGCAUUGAUGAACUGAGUUGUAAUGAUGGCCCUUGCAUUAACAAAUAUUUUAGGGGAAACUUGUUGGAUAUCGACAUGUCUACACAAUGCAAAAGACGAGGACUGAAGGAAGAACGCAACACAGCACCUGUGUUGUGUUCUUCCUUCAGUCCUUGUUUUUUGCGCUGUGCAGACAUGUCGAUGUUGAAUCAGCAACUUGCCCAAGCUUCCACCUUGAUGGAUAUACUGUAUUUGCAUGAUUCUAACGCUCUCCUUCUUAAAAUAAAAAGUGCAUUAAAAUUUGCAUGCACGUUACAAUCGUAACUAAUUCUUCUCAAAAUCGAAAAUGAAAUGAUUCUUACUAACAAAAAUAAAGGUUCAGUGCAAGGUAGCUAUAGCCAGACUGCCAUCGAAUGGGCUUCUUUUUUGUUUCUUAUGCUUUGGUUCGUGGUCGCCAUUUUCCUGUUUGCUGUGCGUGUGGCAUUUUUAAUGCGUAGAGUGGAACUGAAGAUGACUUUCUUUCCCCGGUAGACAGCGAAAAGGAGGUGUCGUUGUACUCCAAAAGCGACUAGCCGCUGAAAUUAAGCUGUGUGCUUUGUAUUUUCCAUAAGGUGUUUCAACAUGGUGCGCGUCGACUCAGGUUUCGCUGCUUAAUGUGUGCGGUAGAAUCGGCACCAAGUUAAUUUUGAAAAUAUUUGCGCGGUAAUAUAUAACUGCGCUUUACAAUCGGGGGUGCAAUAGAAUUGGGCAAACACGAUAGUAAGCAUGCAACACCUAAAGGGGGAAUGGCAUACCGCGGUGGCAGCGCCAACGUUACCUUAUUUUACAGCAUUUCCUAGCGCGUCAUGUGUUAUCGCAUUCACGAUGAACUGCAGUGCGCAAGCCGUUGCUAGAACACUCUUGCAAUCAAGCUGGUGGCACUAAAUUGCAACGCUACCGAGAAAAAAUUCAAGAGGUUUUCGACAUUCCAGCAAUGUGCGUACUCCCAUGCUUUAUGUUGUCUGCUUUCUUUACAAAUCGAUAAUAAACUCGCCCGUUGAGCAGCAUGAACUUCCCUAGCCCUUAGCACAGCAUCCUUUGUCAAGGCAUAUCGCUGCCUUAGCUUCAUAACCAUUCUACAGUUAAACCUCGAUAUAACAAGUCGGUAAAGUGGGCAACUUGCUUCAUAAUAUCGAAAUUUUGUUAUAUUGAAAUUUGACUUUAGGCAGUACAGUGGCUAAUUAAUUUUUCUUACACGGAACAGACCACAAAAUUUUCUAAACUAUCGGGCAAUUGGAAGAACCAAACUUGAAUUUAAAAAAUAUGAAUUUUGUUGAAUUUGAGGCGGUGACAAAGGAUAUGGUUUCAUGCCGUGUUGACGAUAUCUUCACAUCAGUGCUACGAAGCAAUGCCAGCCACGUUUUUGCGUCCACUCCGCCCCUGUGGCUAAUAGUGUCAUUCGCAGUGGAACGAUGCUAUCAUGAAAAGCGCCGCCAGCGAGGAGCUAAUGCUUAGUCUGCUUCUCGCUUUAACGCACCUGCGAAACUUUAGAUUACGCAACCUCCGGUACCAAAUGUACGGGAAGACAACGGACAUGAUGCCACGCCAUCCCGGCAUGCCCCCUCUUUGCACAAGCGACAAAUUACCUCUAAAACAGGGCACGUGGGCUGUGUAUGCACUCAGCCGCGGUGACAGCCAUGCACAGCCAUGGCCGCGCGAGAAAAUGAGACGGGUGCCUACCUGCCCCCACUUUCUGCCCCCUCUCUCCCGUCAUGUGCACUUGAUUGCGCUACUGCGAGCUCGCUCCCCUUUCCCCAUGCUUCUUCCCCAUCCUUCUCGGCUCCACCAUCCCAAGCCACCAUCCUUCUCGGCUCACCCUCGCAUGCUUUCACUCACACCCAAAGCAUGCAGCACAUGAUGCACAAUGGGAUCUUGUCACACUUGGACCUUACACAGAACAUGACGCUGCUCGGCUUCGGCAUUCACUCUUCGUCACGCGGUGCGCAGUUUGAGAGUUGCUUUCACAAGCAGCCGCUUGUAAUUCAAGCAUUUGACCAUCUGCAUCCGCGAAAGUUGCCAUUUAUUGUCUCUGUAUUCCUUCACGGUGGUAAUGAAAUUUCAUUAGUACAUUAAAAUCGUGUAUACACACAGUUUGUUAUAUUGAGGUUCUAAAUGUUUGCAUGGUGCUCUAUAAACAAGAAACCCGGUGGGGGUUGCUUAAUGGCUAUGGUGUUGGGCUGCUAAGUACGAGGUCGUGGGAUCAAAUGCCGGCCACAGCAGCCGUAUGUCGAUGGGGGCGAAAUGCGAAAACACCCGUAUACUUAGAUUUAGGUGAACGUAAAAGAAUCCCAGGUGGUCAAAAUUCCAGAGUCUACCACUACGGCGUGCCUUUUAAUCAGGUUGUGGUUUUGGCACAUAAAACCGCAUAAUUUAAUUUUUAUAAGCAGGAAGUUAUAAAAAGUUGCAUUCUUCGUUAUAUAGAGAAUUUUGCUAUAUUGAAGUUUGUGAUGUCAAGGUUUAGCUGUAGUUUUUGUGUAGUUCUUGUUUUUUUCUGCAUUGUAGGCCAGUGUAUUAUCGCUUCCCGACGAAAGCAGGUGACAGAAAGCAUAAGCGGUAUGAGCAUUGCUGGAAUGGCUAGACACUCUGCUUUUUUUCGAAGGUGCUGCAAGUUAGUGCCACCAGCUCAACCAGAAGAGUGGUCCGGGUAUAACUCGCACGUCACAGCCAAUAGGAAACACCCUAGUACAUUUCCAUGUGUACGCCUGCAUCAGCUCGCGUUUGACGUCGACAACAGUCGUAAGAAAAGUGUUUUUCAGGUGCUGAAAUGUCAAUAAAGGGGAAAAACUGCGGUGAAGCACUCGAGUUUUCGAUGUGCAAGAAGAAUGCAAGGGCCAGCAGGCAAGCGUCUUACGGCGCCUGUGAAUGUUGACGAAUGUCAACGUAGAAGUGUACGCUGCAACGAUGCAAGAUUCCAACCAUCCUUUUCCAUCUAUACCUGUAGAUGAACUCGGAAGUACUUCAGUUUCUCCCUGCCCUUUGAAUUAACGAUCCCGUAAUCUGAGCCGAUUUUGUUGCUCACUUGCGCGAACCAAAUGCAUAAGGAUGUCACUCCUAUGAGUGUUUAUGCUGUGUGCUUAAACUCGUGGUCAUGUAUCAUAAAUGGCCAUUUCGUGUCAAAAUAUAAUCACAUUGGCUGGUCUCAUGGUAAAACGUAAGAACAGGGGAAAAGAAAAUCUGUACGGGUUCACUGAAUUGUCUGUGCUAAUCCAGCAUUAACACUUUGAGGGUCACGUUUCCUCUUUUUCAAAAAGAGCAUUGGGCAAGCAUCUUGUAGUGAUGCUUUGAGCCAAUAAAAAUAUAGCAAGUAUCAUAAACGUAAAUGGAGGUACGCAAAGCGAAGCUGAAGUGAACAAAAAGCUGAAGUUUUGGGGGGAGCCAGGAGGCAGAAACGAGGGGCAAAUGAACUUAGUGCAAUGAGGAAAGUUGCUGUUGGGGCCUCAAAACAUGGCUCAUGAGCUUUAGGGGGAUUCCCAAUGAGUGAUCAUGUUGAAUGCCCGCAAAUACAGGCGCUACAAUGCCAACAUUCACUUUACGUGGUGCACAUGGCACAUUCAGUGCUCUACCUCGCCGUGGAAGCACGGCUGCAUCAAAAAAAGAGAAAAUAUUGUUUUUGGUGGAUAGUCAAAAUAAAUAUUUG